UCUUUGCAACGUGCGGGGUCGGGUGACGUCUUGCUGUCCUCAGAUCAGACCAGAGGAUUUGAUUCCUCUUCCUCCUCCCCGCAGCAGGUUUCGCUUCGGGAAGACCAGAGACAAACAACCCUAGCCCAUACUGGUGUGUCGAGGCGGAGAGCACCGCGUCGUGUACAGUCAAUCACAAUGCAAAAAAAAAUGAACGCACUGGACUCGCAACAACUCUUACUACAGCUCCUCUUCAAAAACAAUAACAGAGGUUGCCGCACGGAUUACACGCUUCUUUAGGAGGAUAAUAUUUCGACUGGGUUUGCGCGUGUGGAAGGAAAAUGCCCUUCUACAAGCGCACGCUAGUUCCCAAGGAUGUCUGUAGAAACGACACGAAGAGGCCAAAUGCGAAUUUCGGGGACUUGGUGGACGUGUGCGGGUUCUCUCUGUGUUCGGUGCUCCGACAGCUCUCGGAUUUAUCCCGACAGUCCGUCAGCAUCUUGGAAGAGCUCGAGGGCGAGCUCGUGUCUGUCUGUCUCCGGUCGGAAACGCUCGAGGGCAAGGUGAUUAGUUUACAACGGCACAUCACCGCGCUCUCCAAAAAGCCACCGCCAAAGACCACUACCAUCUUGGACGCGGAGCCGAAGCGUAGCGCGGCGUCGUCGACGACGGCGGCCCACUUCCGGUCUCCAUGGCAACAGAGUGUUAAUGUGUUUGGCUCGUGGAGCAGGCCGGACUGUGUUCAGGAGUUACACCAGGAGGCUCAGCUUAACCUGCAGAGUCUGCUGCAAGACUUUGAAGAGCAGCUGUAUGACACCAAGUUAACAGGCCAGACGUUCCGCCACCCCACAGUGUCUUCUCAGAGUUCUGACGAUACCACCACCCUGAGUCGUUCCCCUCUCUCCCUCAACAACAAGAGACCUGAAUUCCUCUUCCUGCCGGCGUCUAAGAGGCAGGUGUGUGAGGAGGAUGAGACCUCCUCAGUAGGAAUCAAUAGGGGUGUAGACCCGUCCCCCUCCCCAUCACCCUGUGGGUCAGAUCGCCCUCUGGUGGUGUGGAGUAGUACCUCUCUAGGACCCCCCGUGGCCGAGAAACCCCGCUGGCACCUGGGACAACGGACACCCGCUCACCUACUGCCCCCCGACGUCACAGGUGAGGGUAAAGUCCUGGACGUAGACCUUCUCCAGGGCUCCUGUUCCCCCUCUCUGUCCCUGGGCUGCGGCGUCACCGAUCAGCCCCGGUCUCUGGAGCCCGUCUCAGACACCCCUGUCCAGCACCUUACCCUGAGGAAGACCCACAGUGACCUGGACCCCAGCCUCAGCCUUCCCCAGUCCCCCUGGACUCCACCUCCUACCCUGGGCACCAUGGACCACUCUGCUACCCUUCUCUGCUCCAACUCCCCGUCUCAGUCCUGGAACGGCCCUAAAGGCUCUACCUUCUCUCCUGGAGUCUGGAGUGAGGCCUAUAGUUAUAAUUUAGCUCCCAAUCCACUAGGGAAGGGACCGGCGACCAUGCCCAAAACAGUGGGGAUGGUUGGGGGGGUAGGGGGGCAGGGUGGAGGGUUGAUGUGCCCCUCUCAGACCAGUUUGGGACUCUCCGGAAGCUCGGGGUCGCAGUCUCACUCUAGUUCGUUCACGUCGAUAUCGGAGUCGUCCUGCCUCAGGCACCCGGUAACCAUGGUUAUGAUGACGGGGAGGAGGAGCGAGACAGAGGGCGCGGUGGCUAGCCCCGCAGGGGGACAGACGGGGUCAGAAAGAGGGGUGGGAGGAGGAGAAAGGAGGGAGAGGUCAGCACAUUCCAUCGCUGCGGCCAACGCAUUCAAGUUCCGCGAGCGCUCUCUCUCCACGCCGACAGACUCCGGUUCGUUCUGCUCCACAGAUAACGUCAGUGGCGGGAUGUACAGUGUCACUGGGGUAACAGGAGCCGGUAACGGGACGAACGGAGGUGUUCCAACAGAAAUGCACAGCCACCACCACUAUCAGCUCCGUGGUGAGAGGGGGGAGAGCUAUGCCCUCCUGUAUCCCAGCGGGAGCUCUGAGGACGGUAGCGCCAGCGUCGACAACAUCUCCAUAACCGACGGCAACUUCCCCCAGGACGGUCGCCUACGGUUACGCUCUCGCUCUAUUUCACUAAAGAAGUACAAACACAAACCCCCUCCGCCCGUCCGGAGCGUCUCGCUCAUGAAGAAUUUAGGGGACGCCGAUGGGCAUGUGCACGGCCGUGACAGGGGUCACUACAGGGAAGGACGCCCCAAAUCCCUCCACAUCCCACGGGAACACCUCCAGGACUUCCAGCCAAACUUUCUCCUACCCUCCUCCUCCUGCCUCUCCAAGCCUGAUCUGGAGGAUCCCGAGCUGGGCUACAGCGGGAUGGACGGGCCCCCUGGCCUGGAGGUCCAGGGACCCAACAACACAGAGCAGUCCUCCCCAGCCCACUGGCAGCUGGGGGAGUGGAAGUCUUCUGAUCCAUACCAGUCAUGGUCUGGGUCUAGCACCGCCACAGGGACUACUGUCGUAGACUGUAUGAAGGUUCGAGGCAGUUCAGAGUCUCUCCUGGAUUCCCCGUCUACCUCCCGAGCCUCCUCUCCCUCCCUCCUCUCCAUCGAGUCGACCAAAGCCUCCUCCCCCUUCAAGCCUCCAGGACUCAUGUCCCCUUCCAGCGGCUACUCUAGCCAAUCAGAGACACCCACGCCCAUCACCCCCUCCAAUCAGGUCGCAGGAACAACAACAGGGCCCGCCUCCACAUUUGGGUGUAAGAUGCGCCCCAAAAUCCCCGAGAGGAAGUCUUCACUGCCGGUGACCUCGCCGCGUGACCCAGCCGCCCGGUCGAGGCUUUCCUUCGAGAUGCCGGUUAAUGCUCAUCUAGACUUGUCCUCCAUCAAACCGAAACAGAAAGCCAGCAGGCGUCAUUCUGACACAUCCACUGCAGCCAAGCCCGGUAAACUGAGUUCCGGCAGUCAAUCAUCUCUCCCCGUGGUGACCACGAACGAGCUCCGGAACAUCCGCCUGCGUUCCGUCUCCCGUACUGACCUGGAGGACUUCCCAGACGGAGCCUCUGAUGAUAUUAUCGAGGAGGAGCAGGGUCUUGACCUUUCCCCCCCUGGUGUCAACUCCCUCGGGCCCCUCGUUGCCUCCAAACCCAAGCCUCCGGUCGCGGUGAAACCGCCGUUACCCAAACGGCCCUUCAACCUCCUUCUCAAGUGCCCCUCCUCCUCUUCUCCCGUUGAUUCCGAAUCCUCCCCUGCCUCCCCCAUUGACCCUCCCCGGCCCAUGCCCAACCCCAGCAUUUACAUGGUGGUAGGUAGGAAGCCCAAGCUGAAGAAAGCCCUCCCUCACACCCCCACCAGCCCUUGUGGACCCCUGGACCAAACCCAAACCUUCCAUCUCCAUCACCCCCAGGGUCUUUACAAUCUCCCCUCCUUCCCCCACAUCCAGUCCCUGUACGACCUCCCUCCUCUGCCCCUGCCCCAGCCACUGCUGGAGGACCCCGCCUUGGAGCCGGAGUUCGACCCAGACUUGGAGCUCCAUCUUGGGCUUGAGGGUGGAUGGUCGCUUCCCUCUCCCUGUAGUAACCUAGAGGUGAUGGAGACUCAGGAUAAGAGCAGGACCCUCCCCAGCAGGAUGACCAUCUCCUGUCUGGCCGAACUGGACAAGAAGAAACCCAAGGUUCCUCCACCAGUUCCCAAGAAGCCCAACAGUCUCCUUCUUCCCUCCAACUCCACCACGGUGCAUUCCAACGGUACCACCGACAGACAGGGAACACAGAUGGACGGCCCAACCGCUCUCCGCUCUCCUGUUGGAGCGUCCCCACCUGAGGAGAUUCCCGGUAAAGAGGAAAAACAGGAAAACCACCUGGGAACAGAUGAGGAGAGCUCAAUGGAGUCUUCAUUACAGUCUUCAUUGCAGGAUUGUUCUCUUACAGACCUGGAGGAGAGGAUGGCCACUGUAGAGAUAGGGACAGGUGAUGAUUCAGUGGAGGAGAACGUUGAGCAGAAUAGUUUGGACUUUAGUGGUAAAACGGAACUCCACAUCACAGAGGAAACGGAUGAUGAUGUCGGUGGACACACACUCAGCACACACAACAUGGAGGAUCUCUUCACCAAAAUACACAGGUCGAAGAGAAAAGUUCUGGGUCGUAAAGAACCAGGGGACUCAUUCGGCAGCCGCCAGAGUCUGGUCUCCCCAGUGAAGCACAGCACCAGCGGGGGUGACCUCCAAACCUUGACCCUGGGCUCCACUCUGCGGUCCAGCUCGCGGAACGACAACUUCAUGGCCCUGUUACAGAAGAAGGGCAGUAAGUCCAGCAGGGGAGGGACACGCCUCUCUGCCAUGGAGCUCCUGAAGAGCACGAACCCCCUCGCGAGACGCAUCACGGAAUUCUCCACGUCGUCGGACGGAGGAGGGGAUACGACCACCGGUAAUAACAGGACCAGACCGCCCCAGGACCAAUGAGUCCCGGACCGACCCUCCCUCUCUCUCUUACUAAAGAGAUUCUUGCUGUAACCUCACCAACACCAACAGCGGGCUGGCAAAGUAGAGGUUGAAUAUAUAACCACUUGUCGACCAUUGACCGACCAUGUAAAUGGACCAUUGAUGGAAGAAUGAAUAGCCAACCAGACCACUCAACCACUGAUGGACCGAUCAUUAACCGCCCAACGGUUGGACACGAUGGUGACAGCGGUCAUCAAAGGAGUUUUGUUUCCAAACACGGUCCAUGCUGUUCUGAAGGUGUUUCAUUUGCUAAGGUCUCAACUCAGUCCAUCCUGUUAGGAAGGGUUUCAUUUGCUAAGGUCUCAACUCAGUCCAUCCUGUUAGGAAGGGUUUCAUUUGCUGAGUUGGAGGAAUUUUGAGUCGAUGCUUCGAUUCAUCAAUCCCGUUCUCGUAUUUUUACUUUGCUGUGUGAAUGGUACUGUGCAACCAGGCUCAUUGUGUGAAUACUAUACUAGGGAAAGACAUGGUGUGAGUAUGUGUUAUAUUAAAAACAAGAAUGGUCAUAUACUAUGGUUAUUACGUAAAGUCCAAAACAUUCUACAGGAAGAUGGACAGUUGGACCUGGUACCAAGCCCUACCCCUUUACGUUUGAAUCAAAGCACUUGGACGACGGCAUACAGAACUCGUUCACAACAACGACGGCAUACAGAACUAGUUCAGAACAACGAUGGCAAACAGAACUCGUUCACAACAACGACGGCAUACAGAGGUAGUUCACAACAACGACGGCAAACAGAACUCGUUCACAACAACUACGGCAUACAGAACUAGUUCACAACAACGACGGCAUACAGAACUCGUUCACAACAACGACGGCAUACAGAACUAGUUCACAACAACGACGGCAAACAGAACUAGUUCACAACAACGACGGCAAACAGAACUAGUUCACAACAACGACGGCAUACAGAACUAGUUCACAACAACGACGGCAUACAGAGGUAGUUCACAACAACGACAGCAUACAGAGGUAGUUCACAACAACGACGGCAAACAGAACUAGUUCACAACAACGACGGCAAACAGAACUAGUUCACAACAACGACGGCAAACAGAACUAGUUCACAACAACGACGGCAUACAGAACUCGUUCACAACAACGACGGCAUACAGAACUAGUUCACAACAACGACGGCAGACAGAACUAGUUCACAACAACGACGGCAGACAGAACUAGUUCACAACAACGACGGCAAACAGAACUAGUUCACAACAACGACGGCAUACAGAACUAGUUCACAACAACGACGGCAUACAGAGGUAGUUCACAACAACGACGGCAUACAGAGGUAGUUCACAACAACGACGGCAGACAGAACUAGUUCACAACAACGACGGCAAACAGAGGUAGUUCACAACAACGACGGCAGACAGAACUAGUUCACAACAACGACGGCAUAUAGAGGUAGUUCACAACAACGCCUGUGUCAUCCGUGUUCUAUGUUUGGUUUAUGUUAAAAACAGUUAUUGCGAGAUAGAAGGCCAUACAUAUUUAACUUGUACAACGAUAUGCCCACCGUAUAACCUGAAAUAGAACAGUUCUAACUGUUUGAAGAGACUAUGUAUACUAGUCCUACUAACAGCAGUAGUACAAUAUAAUUACUGUAGGACUAACAGUGAACAGUAGUACACACACCCAAACCUUCCCUAUGGAUCUCCCCGCACUGCUGUCAGCGUGUGUUUUUAUGUGUUUACGUGUGCGUGCGUGCAGGAAAGGAUAACUAAAUGCAUGCAGGAGUGAUGAGUGAAAGUGUACACAGAAUGGAACCCUGUGGAUCUUUCCUAAGGGAGAGUCUGAUACAGGUUGGGUUGAUUAAACAGGUUUAGACUACAGGUCUCUGUUAGGACCAUUGGACUGCUAUGCCAGAAAACCCCCAGGGGGUUUAUACUAGAGGAGGGUCAUUGGGGCGUGUCUACUGUAUGUGUGUGUGUGUCUGCAGAGAAGGGGUCAAUUCAUCCGUCCUAAGGAGAAUAUGAAGUGGUCUGAACGUGGCUGUACUCUUUGGAGACAUUCUGGACCUGAAGGGAUUCUAGAACUGAGACGAUUCUAGAACUGAGACGAUUCUAGAACUGAGGGGAUUCUAGAACUAAGGGGAUUCUAGAACUGAGGGGAUUCUAGAAAUGAGAUUAGAACACACUGUUCGAACAACUCUCAAAACUCACAGAGACAAAACAAGAAUAGAGCUAUCUGACAUAGAGAACAAUAAAAAGGAUAAGGAUGCAUCACCCAGUUCUUUGUGCCCUCGCCACACGCUUUCUCUCUCACACUGUCCAUGUAGUGCAGUGGUGAUACUGCAGCCUUUUCCUCUCCUUUACCUUCCUUCUACUCUUCUCCUCCCCAGCUGGAAUUCAUGCUCUGUCUGUCUCUGCCCAUAUUGCAGCCCCACUCCUCACCUUCCCCUUCCUUUCAUCUCCCAUCCUUUCUCUCCUCCCCUCCUCCUCCCCUCCUCCCUCCUCCUCUCCUCCCCCCCCCUCCCCUCCCCUCCCCUGCUCCCUCCUUCUCUCCUCCCCCCUCCUCCUCUCUUCUUCCUCCUCCUCCCCCUCCUCUCUACCACUCCUCCCUCCCUCCUUACCCCUCCCAUUCCCUCUACCAUCUGAGCUUCAGGUUUACAGACGACACAGCCUGAAUGUCAAUGAUUGCUAGGAAGGAAAUGAAGGAUGCCGUGUUGGCAUUACGUCCAAGAGUGCUACGCUCAAAUUCCUCCCCCUUUUACAAAGGAGUGUUUUCUUUCAUCCUUUCCCUGCGUUGUGCAUCCAUCCGUUUAUCCAGACCAACCAUCCAUGGUACAAGUACAAUAGGAUGAUGGAUUGUCUGAAAGAACAGAGAUGAAGGGACAUGGAUAGUGUGUGUGUGAAUGUCUGAGUGUGUACGUACAGGAGAGGAUAGUGGACUCUGGAUCCACUAAGACUGUGAAUCGAAUACUGAUGCUAACCCAUCCUUCUUUCUCACACACCUCUUACCCUGGAUAGAAUGGACAGUGGAUCUGUUGGUUCUGCGUUCUGUUGCUGUGUUCUAAUGUUCUAAGACUCCUUUCACCACACGAUUCCGGAACCUUUUUCUAACUGCUCCCAGCACGGAGAGUAGGGCUGUGCUUCUGAGAGUAGGGCUGUGCUUCUGUGGCUCUCAAUCAGAAGGAGAAAACACAACGCCUGGUGCUAUUGAGCUAGAGCGCCCCUUAUGGACGAAGACAGGGAGAACCCCCUGUUCAAACCCUGCUCUGUCCCUCCAGCAACAUGGACAAAGACAGGGAGAACCCCCUGUUCAAACCCUGCUCUGUCCCUCCAGCAACAUGGACAAAGACAGGGAGAACCCCUGUUCAAACCCUGCUCUGUCCCUCCAGCAACAUGGACAAAGACAGGGAGAACCCCCCUGUUCUAACCCUGCUCUGUCCCUCAGCAACAUGGACAAAGACAGGGAGAACCCCCUGUUCUAACCCUGCUCUGUCCCUCCAGCAACAUGGACAAAGACAGGGAGAACCCUCCUGUUCUAACCCUGCUCUGUCCCUCAGCAACAUGGACAAAGACAGGGAGAACCCCUGUUCUAACCCUGCUCUGUCCCUCAGCAACAUGGACAAAGACAGGGAGAACCCCCUGUUCUAACCCUGCUCUGUCCCUCAGCAACAUGGACAAAGACAGGGAGAACCCCCCUGUUCUAAUCCUGCUCUGUCCCUCAGCAACAUGGACAAAGACAGGGAGAACCCCCUGUUCUAACCCUGCUCUGUCCCUCCAGCAACAUGGACAAAGACAGGGAGAACCCCCCUGUUCAAACCCUGCUCUGUCCCUCCAGCAACAUGGACAAAGACAGGGAGAACCCCCUGUUCAAACCCUGCUCUGUCCCUCCAGCAACAUGGACAAAGACAGGGAGAACCCCCCCUGUUCUAACCCUGCUCUGUCCCUCAGCAACAUGGACAAAGACAGGGAGAACCCCCUGUUCUAACCCUGCUCUGUCCCUCAGCAACAUGGACAAAGACAGGGAGAACCCCCCUGUUCUAAUCCUGCUCUGUCCCUCAGCAACAUGGACAAAGACAGGGAGAACCCCCUGUUCUAACCCUGCUCUGUCCCUCAGCAACAUGGACAAAGACAGGGAGAACCCCCCUGUUCUAAUCCUGCUCUGUCCCUCAGCAACAUGGACAAAGACAGGGAGAACCCCCUGUUCUAACCCUGCUCUGUCCCUCCAGCAAACAUGGACAAAGACAGGGAGAACCCCCUGUUCUAACCCUGCUCUGUCCCUCCAGCAACAUGGACAAAGACAGGGAGAACCCCCCUGUUCUAACCCUGCUCUGUCCCUCCA